AUAAAUUCAACGGAACUUCGCAGCGAAAAAGGAAACUCAACGGGAACUUAUCUUCCCUCGAACCACACCGAGCAUACCAUUUAUUUUCGCAUCUCGUUUUCUUUCACUUAUCAAUGCAUAUUUAAUCUUAAUCAUUCGAGAAAACAAAAUGGGGGAUUCGCAGCCUCAGCCUCAUACUAACAUUUUUAGCGUUAGAAUCGUCUCUAUCGACUACUACAUGGCGCCUCCGAUCGCAGACCUGGAUAUCUCUUACAGUAGUUUUCAAGGUGAAAAGGUGAAUGAGGUACCGGUAAUAAGGAUAUAUGGUUCAACUCCGGCGGGUCAAAAGACUUGCUUGCAUGUACACCGGGUGUUGCCAUAUUUAUAUGUGCCAUGUUCAGAUAUUUUGCUCCAAACACAAGAAGAAGGUGAUGCAUAUACACGUACUUUGUCCCAUGCAAUUGAGAAGGCCUUGAAGCUUAAAGGUACUGGUGGAUCUAAAAGACAGCAUGUGCAUGGUUGCAGCCUUGUGCGGGCAAGACAGUUUUAUGGUUACCAUUCGUCUGAGGAGCUAUUUGUAAAGAUAUACCUAUAUUAUCCACAUGAAAUUGCUCGUAUUGCCAAUAUCCUUCAGGGGGGUGCAGUUCUAGAUAAAAGCUUCCAGCCACAUGAAUCUCAUAUUCCUUAUCUUCUCCAGUUUUUGGUUGACUACAACUUGUACGGCAUGGGCCAUCUACAUCUAGCAAAGGUUAAAUUCCGCCAUCCACUGCCUGAGACAUUCAUCCCAAGGGUAGCUUGGUACAAUGGUCAACAUAAAGAAAAGCCCACUUGCAUUUCUGUUAAUUUUCAGGCAGAUUCAGGUGAUGAUGCAUCUCUAGGUUUACCUGUUUGGAUAUCCUCCAAGAUUCCAAGUGGUUGGAUGUGGCCAUAUCCUACUGAAGUUGACACUUCAUUUGAUCAGGACAUUCAUCUUAUAAAGCGCCAAAGUACUUGUGAGCUCGAGGGAGAUGCUACGGUGGAUGAUAUCUUAAACCAACAAUUUAAACUUUACUCAUCCCUUUCUCAGACACGUUCAGAGGUGAAAAUGGUUCAGUCACUUAUACCAAUUUGGGAGGAAGAGUAUGAAAGAACAGGGUUGCAUGAGACAGUGAUAUCUCCUGAUCCUAGAAAACCGCUUCCGGAAAUUACUCUGAGAGUUCUUUCCCAUGGGUUUGAGUUUGAGAGCACAUUCAUGGAUCUCUGUAGGAAAGCAGAAAACUUGUCAUCUUCUCAAGUUGCUCCAGUGGAGGAGGCUGAAAAAUUUGUCCACUCUAUAAAACCAUUGGCAGAGGUGGGGAAUUUAGUUGGAUUUGGGGAGAAUGGUAGCACAGAUAAUUCUCACAAGGAAUCUUUGAAGUGUACCAAAGACAGAAAUAUUAAUGGGUUGCUUAUAUCACAACGAUUCUUGCAUAAAGAGAGUAAUCAUGACGAAGGAAAUGAGAUACAUACCAAAGAAAGAAACAUUCUUCUGGAUCAACUACCUGUUGAUGAUGAAAUACUAUCAUGUGAGAUGAUCAGAACAUCAGAUUCAAAAAUUGUAGAUGAGGAGGCUAUGGGGCUUCUAAGGUGGCUUGCCUCUUCUCAAGUUGCAGAGGAUUUGAACACUGAAGAUGAACUUCUUCAUGAGUCUAUUCUGAGUACCUUCUUACCCACAACUUCGAUGGAUAAAAUUUUGGAGAAAGCUAAUUUGGAAUAUGAGAGUGAGUCACAGCAAGAAUGUCAGGACAUACUUGAUUCGGUUGAUAAUGUGAUUGAAGAUUUAGAUGAUCUUGAUCAGAAUCAUUUACCUCAGGCUUCACUGAAGAAUAUAAUUCCACAAAUGGAUGGGUCAUAUGAUGAUCAUUUCACUAUUGUCAGAACGGAGACAAAUGUUGAGUUGGAGAGAUCUUCUCCUGAUGAAGUAGUUGAAGACACUGACAUAGGCCUUGGCGGUGAAUGCAAAAGGAACAAACCGGUAUGGGGAUCUUUACCUUUUUCCACCCUACCUAAGGCACAAACUGAUGUAGAGCUUCCCAGGUUCAGUUUUGCUGAUACAUCUAGUGAAGAAAUAAAAGAUGGUACAGACAAUUUUCCUUUUUCCGGAAAAAAAGCAGAAAAUUGUUCUGAUGCUUCAGUGGCUAAUGCAAAUGCAAAUAUCACUCAUUUGCAAGAAGGAAAUACAUUGACUGGAUGUUCACUGAGAGAUCUGAUGAGGAGAAAGCGGUUCUACCAGGUUGAACCAUCUGAAUAUGGGGCUUGUAGUGUUCAGAAAAUGCCUUCAGGAAAGGGGCAAGAAGAGGAGAAACAGAAGGGAAGGAUAUUUCUGGGUUCAAAGCAACUAGAGUUUCAACAGCUACAGAAUGAUAAGAAAGCCAUGGCUAGGAGUAAUCAGAAGGCAGAAGUUUUUGACAGGAAUUCCUGUGUAAGAACUUGUUUAUCAAAGUCUCUUGGUGGGCGAUUGGAACAAUGUAAUUCUUGUGGUUCGAGCUGUUUGACAAAUUCUGUCAAACGUGGAAAGUUUUGUGAAGGUAGUUGUAGUGAAAAGAAUGAUAAUGAAGCUAUCGUUGACAUGGAAUCAGUACCUGAAAUGCAUACCGGGAAUUUCGAAAAUAUAAAUGUUGUAGCUGAAGCAACUGUUCUGCAGAGAGAGGACCUUGGCAGUGGAGGAAAGGACAUUCAAACUUGUUUAUAUCAGUCUGAGAAGGGAAGCAAAGGGCAUGGUGAAUAUAUUGAGAUGACCUUUAGCAUGAAACCUCCUGUUAUAGAUUGGACUGAUUGGAUAUACAAAUAUACUCCAUUGACAUCCCCUGUGCAUAAUAAUGCUUUUCUCAGGGACAAAGACGCUUGUGAAGAAGCAUUGGCUUGUGAAUCCAGUUUAACUGAAUUUAAAAGGGAGUGUGAGGAUGAAUUUAUCCUAUUUUUUGAAGACAAAUGUCAAGAAGAUGGCAAAAUUGACAAGUAUUACAAAAAUAAAGAGCUUAAUUUUCAACAAGAAAUUGUAUAUGGUGUCCCCACUCACUGUCAAAAUGAUGGAUCUUUCUUAUACUUGUUGACACCUGUGUAUGCACCACCAUCUGUUGACUGCGUCUCUAAAUGGCUACUAAAUGAAGCCAAAGGAGUAUCAGAGACUUCUCCAAAAUCAAAGAACUAUCUAGAUAUUUUCAAUGUGAAGGAUAAGUUUCAAGACCCCCAGUCUGUCUCGUCUAGUGGUCUGAUAACUUUACAAGGUUCUCAGUCAGAUGCUUGUUGUGAGACAUUGCCACAGUCUUUUUCCUUAUCUCAUACGAAGCCUAUCCUGGAUCUUUUGAAUCAAGGGAGCUCCAGGAAACAAGUCAAUCUCUGUCAUCCUGGGGUGACAACAGAAUUCCACAGUGAAACGAAUAUAAAAGAAAAGGAAUGCCCUGAAAGCUGGCUAGAUAUUUCACAGAUUUCCGGUCCAGAUAGAUCAAAGCUUACUCCUCUCAGUCAAAUUGGAUUCCGUGAUCCUGCUAGUGUUGGUUCUGGUCAACAACUAACAUUGCUAAGUAUAGAGGUUCAAGCAGAAUCAAGAGGAGAUCUCCGCCCAGAUCCUCGCUUUGAUGCCAUCAAUUGUAUAGCUCUGGUAGCACAGGAGGAUAGCAGUCACAAUCUUGAUAUUUUUUUACUUAUGCGUUGUGAUGAUGGGAAAUCAUGUUUAAGAAAUCUUGAUGGAAUAUCUGGGUGCAAGGUGGUGGUUGUCUCUGAGGAGAAGCCUAUGUUUGACCAUUUUGUGCAAAUUAUUUGCUCACUGGAUCCUGAUAUCUUGAUGGGCUGGGAAAUUCAGGGUGGUUCCUUGGGUUUUUUAGCUGAAAGAGCUGCACAUCUUGGUGUAACUCUACUAAAUUCCAUAUCUCGCACACCUACAUCUGAAACAAAAAGUGUAGUCAAAGAUUCAGUACAUACAGAAGGAGAAAUACCAGGUAGUACGCCUCCUGAUGCCUUAGCUACUGAUUCCAUUUUUCUUGAAGAUGCAAUAGUUGAAGAUGAAUGGGGCCGUACUCAUGCAAGUGGUGUCCAUGUUGGUGGAAGAAUUGUCCUCAAUAUUUGGCGACUGAUGCGCGGAGAAGUUAAGCUUAACAUUUACACAAUUGAAGCUGUAGCUGAAGCAGUUCUGAAGAGGAAAGUUCCAUCAAUUCCAAACAGAAUAUUGUCUCAGUGGUUUUCAAGUGGUCCUACUGGGGCAAGGUUCCGUUGCAUUGAAUGUAUCAUUGAGAGAGCAAAUCUAGACCUUGAGAUAAUGAAUAAACUUGAUAUGGUAAAUCGGACAUCGGAGCUUGCUCGUGUUUUUGGCAUUGACUUCUUUUCAGUUCUUUCUCGGGGUUCACAGUACCGAGUUGAAUCUAUGCUUCUGAGAUUGGCUCAUACACAGAACUACCUUGUCACCUCUCCUAGCCGCCAACAGGUAGCCUCACAACCUGCAAUGGAAUGCCUACCUCUUGUAAUGGAGCCAGAAUCUGGGUUUUAUUCAGAUCCAGUCGUUGUUUUGGAUUUCCAGUCACUUUACCCAUCGAUGAUUAUUGCAUAUAACCUCUGUUUCUGCACGUGCCUUGGGAAAGUCAUUCCUUCAAGGUUAAAUACACUUGGUGUCAGCUCAUAUUCACCAGAUCCCCAGCUUCUAAUGGAUCUAAAGCAUCAAAUACUUCUUACCCCAAAUGGUGUUAUGUAUGUGCCUUCAAAGGUUAGGAAAGGUAUUCUUCCUCGUUUAUUGGAGGAAAUACUAUCAACUAGGAUCAUGGUGAAACAAGCAAUUAAGAAGUUGGAACCUUCGCAACGAGUUUUACAUAGGAUAUUCAAUGCAAGACAGCUUGCGUUGAAGCUGAUAGCAAAUGUCACUUACGGUUACACAGCUGCUGGCUUUAGUGGCCGUAUGCCUUGUGCAGAACUUGCUGAUAGUAUUGUGCAAUGUGGCCGAAGAACAUUGGAAACUGCUAUUUCAUUUGUAAAUUCACAUGACAAGUGGAAUGCUAGAGUUAUUUAUGGCGAUACUGAUAGCAUGUUUGUUCUCCUCAAAGGACGAAGUGUGAAAGAAUCUUUCAGAAUUGGGCAGGAGAUUGCAUCUACCAUUACUGCUAUGAAUCCCCAUCCAGUCACCUUGAAAAUGGAGAAAGUAUAUCACCCCUGUUUCCUCCUUACUAAGAAGCGCUACGUUGGUUACAGCUAUGAAAGUCCAGACCAAACAGAGCCUACAUUUGAUGCUAAAGGUAUCGAAACAGUACGGAGAGAUACAUGUGGGGCAGUUGCAAAGACAUUGGAACAAUCAUUAAGGCUUUUUUUUCAACACCAGGACAUUUUGAAGGUUAAAGCAUAUUUGCAGCGGCAAUGGACAAGAAUUCUAUGUGGGAAAGUGUCUCUUCAGGAUUUUGUAUUUGCAAAGGAGGUUCGCCUAGGUACUUACAGUGCUAGGGCUUCUUCACUUCCACCGGCAGCAAUUGUUGCCACCAAAGCAAUGAAAGCUGAUCCCAGGGCUGAACCCCGCUAUGCAGAAAGAAUACCGUAUGUUGUAAUCCAUGGUGAACCUGGAGCACGCCUUGUUGAUAUGGUUGUAGAUCCAAUGGAUAUUCUAGCAAUUGAUUCUCCAUUCAGAUUGAAUGAUUUAUAUUACAUAAACAAACAGAUAAUCCCAGCACUGCAGCGAGUAUUUGGACUUGUAGGGGCUGACUUGAACCGCUGGUUUUCAGAGAUGCCCCGUCCUUACGGGUUAAUUUUGGCUAAAAACCAUUCAUAUGUACCAAAUCCACAACGAGCCAGAAUAGAUUAUUAUUAUCUUUCAAAACGCUGUAUCCUAUGUGGGGAGUUGGUCCAAGCUUCAAACAAUUUGUGCGAGCCUUGUUCUAAGAAGGGCCCCACUGUUGCAACAGCAAUAGUUGGUAGAACAUCAAAAUUGGAGAGGGAAAUCCAACACCUUGCUGCUAUAUGUCAGCAUUGCGGAGGUGGGGAUUGGAUCGUAGAAAGUGGGGUGAAGUGCACAUCACUAGCAUGUCCAGUGUUCUACGAGCGGCAGAAAGUUCAGAAAGAACUAAAGGUUCUUUCUGCUGUUGCAAACGAGGCUGGAUUCUACCCAAAAUGCAUGGUAGAGUGGUUCUGAAGCGUCUGUGUGAUAAUGCCUAUUUCAUUUUAAAGUAAAAAAGCAUAAAUUGCCUUGUUUAUAUUCCAGGUUCUUUUUUUCCCACUUGAUCCAGUCUUUGUUCAGUGGUCAUAUUGCUAUCUAAUCCGUAUCCAUUGCCUGUUGUAUAUGUAAACAUGGUAAUAGUUCAUAAUAGUACAUUAUGUAUAUAAGCCAUGUAUAUAUAUGUACUGUAUAAGAGGGAAUGACAAAAUAACAUGAUUUGCUCUUGUCUUUCUA